CAGUCCCAGGGGAGGGAGUCAGAGCUAGAACACCAAUUACAAACCACAGGCUUCCUCCUCUAGGGAGUUGAUCCAGAAUUGUCUUUCUGGAAGGGAAGCACUCGAAUCUUUCCGAACUUUCCAAGCCCAUCCGUGAUUCAGAGAUACUGCUUUCUCCCUCUGGGAUUUUCUGUGUUCCUGGUAGUGAAUUUUUGCUGAUGUAUUUGCUACUUUGCUCCUUUUCUCUCUCAAGAUUUGAUCAUUUUAUAUGUUGUUCGGGGAGAAAAAGAACAUUUGUUAGAAAGGAGAUUUCAGAAAUGAUUUUGGAUCCUCUAUAAGUGCUUUUUAGAGUUCUUGGGAACAGUAGCUCUAAGCCUGGAGUAAAUGUUUGCCUUUGACUUGCAUGGAUUACUUUUUCAGGCUGCGGAAUUUCUCGGCACCUACCUGCAGUGUGGGGCCCUUGGUCUGGUUGCAGAGUGAGAAGGUGGAAGAAUGAGCUGUACUUGGUUAAGCAGUUGAAACCUUUUUUGAGCAGGACCUAUAAAAGCAUAAUUGAAUUUCUUUCACCCCCGUGGAUUCCAGAGGGCCCGACAGCGCAACAGCAUCUUUGGACGUCUCUCAAGGUGUGGCCUGAAGUAUUGUACCCUCUCCUUCUCCAUUAAAAAAACAAACAAAUACCUUUUUUCCCCUGUGAUCUUUAGUCUUUUGCUGUUGACAAAUUUUGUGGCUUCAAAAGGACCAUCUCUUCAUUUUCCGAGCUGGCGUUUUUCACUCUCACCUUCGAUGCAUGGCUUUCAUUAUUUCCUUUGCCUGGUUUGGUUCAUUAACGUUGGGUUUAGUGGUUCAGCAACUUGAUGCAUAUGGAAGACCAGCACCACGCGAACUGACAUAAUAAAGGUUCAGAAUGUAACAUUUCACCUCAAGGAAAGUUGGAAAUCCCAAAGAGAAGUGGUGGUAUCUUUACUAAUCCUAGUGAAGAUGGGAGAAAAUGACAGACCCGCCGCAGAAGUGGGCUGAAGACACCGUCUACCCCGACAGAUCAGGAAAGCCACCUGUUUGUGGGAAGACGCUUUAGAGAAAGGAAGGGCCCAGACUACGACUUGGCUUUCAGAAACUGAAGCAUCAAUUCUCUUUUCCCCCAUUUGUCUGGAUCUGAGAAGCUGCACUUGGAAUUGGUUGGCGGAAGCGGUAUGUAUGGCCGAAGUGCGUUGCUGCAGCUGGUAGCAUGAGUGGUGGCCACCAGCUGCAGCUGGCUGCCCUCUGGCCCUGGCUGCUGAUGGCUACCCUGCAGGCAGGCUUUGGACGCACAGGACUGGUACUGGCGGCAGCGGUGGAAUCAGAAAGAUCAGCAGAGCAGAAAGCUAUUAUCAGAGUGAUCCCCUUGAAAAUGGACCCCACAGGAAAACUGAAUCUCACUUUGGAAGGCGUUUUUGCUGGUGUUGCUGAAAUAACUCCAGCAGAAGGCAAACUAAUGCAGUCCCACCCCCUGUACCUGUGCAAUGCCAGUGAUGAUGACAAUCUGGAGCCUGGAUUCAUCAGCAUCGUCAAGCUGGAGAGUCCCCAGCGGGCCCCCCGCCCCUGCCUGUCCCUGGCCAGCAAGGCCCGGAUGGCGGGGGAGCGAGGAGCCAGCGCUGUCCUUUUUGAUAUCACGGAGGAUCGAGCUGCUGCUGAGCAGUUGCAGCAGCCCCUGGGGCUGACGUGGCCAGUGGUGUUGAUCUGGGGUAAGGACGCCGAGAAGCUGAUGGAGUUUGUGUACAAAAACCGAAAGGCCCAUGUUAGGAUUGAGCUGAAGGAGCCCCCAACCUGGCCAGAUUAUGACGUGUGGAUCCUCCUGACAGUGGUGGGCACCAUCUUUGUGGUCAUCCUGGCUUCCGUGCUUCGCCUCCGGUGCCGCCCCCGCCACAGCGGGCCGGAUCCCCUUCAACAGCGAACCGCCUGGGCCAUCAGCCAGCUGGCCACCAGGAGGUACCGGGCCAGCUGCGGGAGGGCUCGGGCUGAGUGGCCAGACUCGAGCAGCAGCUGUAGCUCAGCCCCCGUGUGUGCCAUCUGCCUGGAGGAGUUCUCUGAGGGCCAGGAGCUACGGGUCAUUUCUUGCCUCCAUGAGUUCCAUCGUGUGUGCGUGGACCCCUGGCUCCAUCAGCACCGGACUUGCCCUCUCUGCAUGUUCAACAUCGUAGAGGGAGAUUCGUUUUCUCAGUCCCUGGGACCUUCUCGCUCUUACCAGGAACCAGGCCGGAGACUGCACCUCAUUCGCCAGCAUCCUGGCCAUGCGCACUACCACCUGCCUGCUGCCUACGUGCUGGGCCCUUCCCGGGGUGCAGAGGCUCGGCCCCCACGACCUGGUCCCUUCCUAACCUCCCAGGAGCCAGGCGCAGCCCCCCGGCACCACCGCGUCCCCAGAGCCACACACCCCAGGGUUCUGGGCGAGCAGCAGCGCCUGGCAGUGGUCCAGCACCCCUACGCGCAGGGCUGGGGGCUGAGCCCGCUCCGACGCACAUCGCAGCACCCCUCGGUGUGCCCAGCACCCGCACGCCGGGCCAGGCCUCAUGACAGCAGCGGCUCUGGAGAGAGCUACCGCACGGAGCGCAGUGGCUACAUGGCCGAUGGGCCUGCCAGUGACUCUAGCUCGGGGCCCUGCCACGGCUCCUCUAGUGACUCAGUGGUCAACUGCACAGACGUCAGUCUGCAGGGCAUUCACGGCAGCAGCUCUACCUUCCGCAGCUCCCUGAGCAGUGACUUUGACCCCUUGGUGUACUGCAGCCCGGAAGGGGAGCCCCAGGGAGAGGAGACACGGCCCUGCAGGACCUCCCGGCCCCGGUCUUUGGACUCCGUGGUGCCCACAGGGGAAAGCCAGGUUUCCAGCCACGUCCACUACCACCGCCACCGACACCACCACUACAAAAAGCGCUUCCAGUGGCAUGGCCGAAAGCCUGGCCCAGAAACUGGGGUCCCCCAGGCCAGGCCUGCCAUUGCUCAGACACAGCCCCAGCCAGAGCCGCCUUCCCCUGAUCAGCAGGCUGCCAGAUCCAACCUAACUGCCCCUUCAGGGCAGCUCCCCAGCCCACAACGGCCCAGGACCCUCCCAGAGGCAACCCCAGGCUCAGCUGAUGCCGCCAGCCCCAGUCCCAGUAGCCUCUUCCAUUUGCAGAAAUCCAGCCUUCCUGUUCGACACCCACAGAGGAAAAGGCGGGGGGGCCUCUCAGAGCCCACCCCUGCCUCUCAGCCCCAGGACUUAAUGGCACACCCAGCUUGCCAGAAUUUCCCCCAUUACGGUACCAGCUUGGCAUACCCUUGGUCCCCGGAGGCCCACCCGUUGAUCUUUGGGCCUCCGGGCCUGGACAGGAGGCUGCUGCCAGAAAGCCCAGGCCCUUGUUACUCAAGUUCACAGCCAGUGUGGUUGUGUCUGACUCCACGCCAGUCCCUAGGACCGCACCCACCUGGAGAGGGGCCUUCUGAAUGGAGUUCUGGCACCCCAGAGGGCAGGCCAUGCCCUUACCCUCACUGCCAGCUGCCGCCAGCCCAGCCUGGCUCGGAGGAGGAGACUGAGGAGCUGUGUGAACAGGCUGUGUGAGAUGCUCAGACCUAGCUCCAACCAAGAGCGUACUUGGAUGACUUGGCCCUGCCUGGCACAGAGUGAAGAAAGGACCUCAGAAAAUACCCCUCUUUUGGGCCAUACUUCCUGGCACCUCCGGAAGAGGAGUGGUGGUGGUGGGUGGCAGGUGCUCCCUGCUCCCAGCGCUGGACAUUGAGUGCAGAACGCGUCUGCAGUCAGCAAGCCUGUGUCCAGUGGGGCAGCCAGCUACUCCCUAUGUGGGCCGGCUCCCUUAAAGGCUGUCUUUUGAGAACAGGAAGCUGGGUAUGGGUGGAUAGAUGUUAUAAAGGUGCUGCUGUUUUCCCCAGGCCCAGCAGGUCUUCCUAGUCCCAAGCCUCAUGUGCACACCUGUCAAGGGUCCUUCUUACCUUCUCUCUUGGGUGAGUUCUGCACACCAGCUUUGACGCCUUGGUAAAGCUGCUGCAUCAGCAGCAACCUCGGCUUGUGUCAUUUUCCUUCUUUGCAAACAGAUCAGGAACGUAGAUGAGCCCUGAGCCCUAUAAAGGGAGACUGUGCAGCUUCUCCAGGCAGUACCUGCCCUGGUGCAUAAGGGAGAAUGCUCUUCCCUUCUUGUCUUUAAUUGUCAUAUCCACUCUAUUAAGUCAGAGGGGAGGCUCUGGGAAGCCAGGGUGUGGAGUUCUGUCCCUAAAGCAGUACAGCGCCCUGAAGAACCUGGGAUGAAGUCUCCGACUUUCAAACUCCCUCAUCACUCUAGCAGCCCCAGUUCCUCUGGGGCUUGGGAGUGGGGGUAGUGGGGGAGGGAAUAAUUCUUUCCUGGAAGUUGCCUAUCUCAAAGUCCCAAAGUAGGUGGAAAGAAGAGGAUUUCUGCUGGACUUCAUCUAGAAGAGGGAGGAUGGAAUGAAGGUAGAAAAGACAGAAUUACAGCUGAACAAGGACAAUGAUGAAUUCUUUUCUCGGAGUUUUCUCUCAGAGCAGGGAUGAGGAACCGGGGAAAACAAAGGAAAGGCAAAGUGGGACAUUUGGGCUUAGAUGGCUCCAAGGCCCCACUUCCCAUAAGCCAUACAGACCAGGGACACCCAGGAAGGUGUACAUGCAAGAGGUGUACAUGCAGGACAUCUGGCCCGGGUAGCUGGCACCGAGUGGGCAAGGGCUGAGGGGCCCCCUGAGGGUGACAUUCACCCCAGGGCAGCUGGACCAUUGCCAGCUCCUCAGGCAUUAUCCCAUUUGGAAUGUGAAUGUGGGAGCUAAGUGGACACAGGACCCUACCUGGGAAACUUCUUCCCUCAAAGUCAGUGGGGAACUAGCACCUAGGCACCCACAUGGGUAUUUAUAUCUGAACCAGACAGAAAGACGCUUGAAUCAGGCACUAUGUUGAGAAAUGUAUUUAUUUGCUAAUAUAUUUAUCCAUAAAUGCG